AUGUCCGACAAGAUCCCUAUUCUCGCCGCUAAUCGAGUGAGCGAUCAUGCAAAGAAGACUCUUGAUCUCGUUACAAAAUUCGUCGAAGAGAAAUGUAUACCCGCUGACCCCAUAUUCCACGCUCAACUCGGCGAAGGUACCCAGAGAUGGGAUGCCUAUCCUUCAGUCAUCGAAGACCUGAAGAAGGAGGCCCAAAGCAUCGGAUUAUGGAACAUGUUUCUUGCGAAAGGACAUUAUACAGAAGGAGCUGGCUUCACAAACCUCGAAUACGGUUUAAUGGCAGAACAGUUGGGUAAAUCACAUCUAGCAUCUGAAGCUACGAACUGUGCGGCUCCAGAUACGGGAAAUAUGGAAGUGUUGGCGAAAUAUGGAAAUGAAGAACAGAAGAGGCAAUGGCUUGCUCCAUUGUUAGCUGGGAAGAUUCGUUCGGCCUUCUUGAUGACGGAACCGGAUAUUGCAAGUUCGGAUGCUACGAAUAUUCAGAUGGAUAUGAGGAGAGAUGGGGAUCAUUGGAUUCUGAAUGGUUCGAAAUGGUGGUCGAGUGGUGCUGGUGAUCCAAGAUGCAAGGUUUAUAUUGUUAUGGCCAAGAGUGAUCCUCAUAACACGGAUCAAUACAAGCAACAGUCGGUCAUCCUGGUACCAGCAGAUGCUCCCGGCAUUACCAUCAAUAGAAUGUUGUCAGUCUACGGUUUUGAUGAUGCUCCUCACGGACAUGGACAUUUGACAUUUAAGAAUGUUAGAGUACCAGCAAAGAACAUGGUACUCGGUCCUGGACGUGGAUUUGAGAUUAUUCAAGGUCGUCUUGGUCCUGGACGUAUUCAUCACUGCAUGAGAUCUAUUGGUGCUGCCGAGAAAGCACUCGAUUGGAUGCUUAUGCGCAUCAAUGAUCCCAAAAAGACACCCUUCAAGAAGCAAUUGAAAGAACAUGGUGUAAUCCUUGAGUGGGUAGCAAGAUCACGAAUUGAAAUUGAUGCAGCUCGUCUAGUGGUGUUGAAUGCUGCUAUUAAAAUAGACGAAGGAGGUGCAAAGAGUGCACUUAAGGAGAUUGGUGAGGCAAAGGUUCUCGUACCAACCAUGGCUUUAACAGUCAUCGAUCGUGCCGUCCAAUCAUUUGGAGGAGCUGGUGUAUGUCAAGAUACCCCUCUCGCAUCAAUGUGGGCGAAUAUCAGAACCUUGAGGUUGGCCGAUGGACCGGAUGAGGUACAUUUACAACAAUUGGGCAGAAAUGAAAAUAAGAGGGGAGCUGAGGUGACACAGAAAAUCCAUAGGCAGAUGGAAACAACAGAAGCCCUGUUCGCAAAGUAUCGGGUUAAGCGUGUAGAACCUGGACCAACUGUUCGGGAGAAAUCUAAGUUAUAA